AUGAACCUUGUGGUGACGAUUGCUCAGUUCUUUAUCGCGGAUCUGAAGCACCAAGAUUGGCGGGAGAAAGGCCAGAUUCAGAACUUCAUGCCAUCGACAGCCCAAGUAAGGAUGAACUGUGUUUUGACCUCACAGGUGAACCAAGGAGUGAUACCUCAGAAUACGGCCCUGAAUUGAGUGAAGUCAGCCUGGAGAAAUUCAAGAGCUCAGAAGAUAAUCUCCAUGCACUGGAAUCUCCAUUGGGCCCAAGCACUGAGGAUCUUGACAUCGACUUUAAGCCACUAUCUGUCGUUGAAGACUUAGACGACGGGGAAAUAGGAAUCAAGGCUCUGAAUGACCUUCGAUGCGACUACGAGCAUAUCGCUGGCCCAGAUUGCGAGUACUUGGAUGGUUACAACGGCAAUCACAUAUCAGUUGGUGAGAUGAGGGAGUGUUCAACUGUGCAGUGUCUUGUGCGCAAGAUUGACGGCUGGGAGCCUCUUGACGAUGACCAAGAUUUCGAGGCAUAUUCAUCUUGUUGCCUCACAGGCUUGGCACGAGGGCUGGACCCAAUUUGGAGCAACCGUUUCUCUCCCGUGCGUCAUGGAACCAGCGAGUGGGUGACGGCGGCGAAUGAUUGUGACUACACGCUCAGGGUAUGUACUUUUCCAAGCUCAUCUUCCAAUGGUAUUCUGCUGGCUAAUAAUUCCAAAACUAUCUGCAGUCUGAGGAAGUGGCUAUCUGGGUUGGUCUCCCGUUCCAUCCGGCUUGUUUCGAAUUGUUUAGAAGGGCCAGCAUCAAAGCCCUCGGCCGCGUUGCUACGGAAGAAUUAAUGACUCCGUGAUUACCACUGCAAAUAUCCGGAAAGAACGACGGAACCAUUUUGUCAGCGUAAUGACGACGUUGUUGAUUCAUUCCAGGAGGGUGAUUGGCGAUACAAUCGAGGUGCCGAGUAUCUCGUUGCUAAUCCCAUCUUCAUUCCUACCUUCAAGCAGAUCUGCGAUACAGCUGGCGCAGUCCCUGAAGACUUCAGCGUACAAGGAAGUCCAUUUCUUGGCCAUGACGACCUAGCCAAGUCUUCAAAUGCGGAUCCUUUCCUGAGGUUACCUUCCGAGAUACUGCAAGCAAUUGUUGGCUAUCUCGGGUCCAAGGACAUUGCGCUUCUGCGCCUGUCGUCGGGCGGAUUCCGUCAUUUACCCAUCUCAGUAUGGUAUUGGCUUCUAGUGGAGGAGCUCCCUUUCAUAUAUGAAGCAUGGAGUGAAGAUGCCCAUCCAUACAAAUGGGCACUCAUUGAUUCUGGCCGGUUUCAAGCGCUGACGAAACGUGGUGAAGAGUACGAGAAGAUACGGGAAAAGACAAUCGAAACGCUGCGAACCAAUGAAACAGACGAUCUGGAAACGUGGAUGAAGAAUUCCCCUGCAGCAAAACCUUGGUACGACACGGACGAAUACAAGAUGGGAAUGGAGUCGUGUAUGGAGGAAAGCAAGGCGUUGCAGCUUGUGUCACUACCAUACGAUAAGACAAACUGGUAUAA